AUGGAGCUAUUUCAGACCACCCAUCUACACGUGGACGGCCAGAACCUGGCAAUAAGAAAUAUCGAGCAACUACAUCCCCAGCGGAUUACAGUGCACCGUGUGACACUUGAGCCAAAGUCCAACUUUGGGACACUGAUAAUUAAACAACAAAAGGAUGGGUGGAAUAACGAAUUUGAGGCCGAGAAGGAAGCGUACCAGAGACUAAGCAGUCUCCAAGGGGACGUGAUUCCGAGCCUCCUCGGCGAGUGUCGAUUUAAUGGGCACCCGGCACUCAUUCUCUCCGAUGUAGGUGGGGCCACUCUUCACCAAAUCGCUCGAAGCGACUUCAAAGUCUCAGAUGAAGUUUUGAGGGCAUCACUUGAAACCGCGCUCAAAACUCUGUAUCGCCAUGGUGCUGAAUAUUGGGAUCAGAAAUUAGAUAAUUUCAUAUUCAGCGACGGGAAAGUGGUAAUAGUUGACCUUGAACAAAUCCAGUUCCGGGAAGACCCAGGCCAGUGGGAGGAACACGUGAAUUUCGGCGGCAUAGGCUCACUCAUGGAAUAUUUCCGCUCUGCUCGAAAUCCACACCGAGUACAGUCUCCGGUUCUCAUCCCUCUCCCACCACCACGUCCGAAAAAACAUAUACAAAUUUGGGAAAUUUGGGAACUUGAUAGAACUAGUGAAAUGUCUGUUGUCGAUAUUAGUCCCUCUUUGCCUACCUCCGGUAGCCUUUAG